GACAGAGAGAGAGAGAAGGAAGUUCUAAGAGAGAAGAAUUAGAACUCUUUGCGAGCGAGCGAGCGAGGCGAGGCGAGGCGAGGGCGCGCGAGAGUGAGGGAGAUCACACACCCCAAUCCCACAAGCAAGCCCUCUUCUCUCUCUCCUUCUCACUCUCUUCUCUCUCAAACUAGACUAUACCACGCACCCAAAUCCGUGUUGUGAGAUUAAGAUUAGCAGUCUCGGUCCCCGGUGGUGGUGGUGCUUCUCCUCCCCAUCCAUCCAUCAUCCCCAGAAAAGGCCACCAGUUUUUUUUUUUUUUUUUCCUUUCUCUCCUCUUUGUUUCCUCCUCUCCCAUCCCAUCUCUUGUUCUUUCCCCCUUUUUCUCUCCGUUUGGUACCCGAUUCAUCCGUGUAGCGUUGCCCUUCCAUUCGAUCUCUCGCUUGCUCGCGUAGAUCCGCGCCGGAGGCGACUUGGGUUGCUCGGAUCUGGGGCGCGGCCGUGUUCUUGAGCGCGCUGGGGCAUGGAGGGCGACGACAAGCCGCGCAAGGGAGAGGACAAGGAUAAGGGUCUCAACACCAAGCGCAAGAUGAAGACUCCCUCGCAACUCGAAAUUCUCGAGAGGGUCUACGCCGAGGACAAGUACCCCUCCGAGGUGGUCCGCGCGGAGCUCUCCACGAAAUUGAGCCUCACGGACAGGCAGCUCCAGAUGUGGUUCUGCCACCGGCGGCUCAAGGACAGGAAGGGCGACGAGGGCGGCGCCGCUCCUGGAGCUCCCGCCGCGACCUCGUCAAAGAAGCAAAAGAGGAAGAAGGACAAAGAAGCUGCCACCGGUGCUGCCGGCGCCGCGCUCCUCUUGCUGCCUCCUCCUCCGCCUCUUCCUCCAAAUCCAAGCCCAGCGUCCAUGCUUGGAGCAGCGGUCGAUCUCCCGGAUGCCAAAGUAGCAGCAGUGGCAGCGCCGGCGGGUGGCGAGGAAGUCGCCAAGGCGACGACGAUGACGACGAAAAAGGAAGGUGGCGGUAAGAAGCGGAGCGCGGCAGCCAUGGCCGCCGAGGAGCUCAAGCGCGAGCGGGAGGUGAUCACUCUGGUGGAGCAGCAGCUCGGGGAGCCGAUCCGAGAGGACGGACCCGUGCUGGGAAGGGAGUUUGAUCCUCUCCCUCCCGGACCCUUCGACACUCCUAUAGACUCGUCGACGUUCUCGCUCAAUGCGGCCGAGCUCAAGGCUCCAGGAGCUCCAGAGUUGGGUAGCAGCCGGCGGACAUCCCCGCUGACGAGCAGCAGGACGAUCCCCCGGGAGCACCAGUUCAUUCCGGAGCAUCCAACCGGAGCUCAGUUCCAGCCUUGCAAGCUGGAGAGGGACGGCAAAGGAAAGGCGCAGCAGAGUAGCAGCUCGCUCACGGAUGCCAGAGUUCCGAACCUCUCCUUGAAUUUCCUGCCGCAUGGUGACGCUGAUGCCGGCAUGGAGGAGCAGCUACUCAAGCCGUCUCACGUCGUGAUUCCUGAAAUGCCCGAGCCACCGCAACCCGGAAGCAGCAAGAAACGCAAGCUCCAGAGUGACGACGCAAAGCUCGCCCGGGAGCUGGAGGCCCAAGAGAAGAAGCUCAAGAGAGAAGCUGAGAAGCAGGAAGCGGCACGCCGCAAGAGGGAAGAGCAGGAGAGAAAAGAGAUCGAGAAGAUCAACAGAGAGAGGCAGAGGGAGCUGGAGAAGAUCAACCGCGAGAGGCAACGCGAGGAGGAGAGACAUCAACGCGAGCAGAAGAAAGAACAAGAUCGCUUGGAGAGACUGGCUCAAAAGGAGCAGCAACGGCUGGAGAAGUUGCGCUUGAAGGAGGAGGUCCGGCGGCAAAAAGAGGCUGCGAAGCUCCAGGCCGCUUACGAGCGAGCGACCGCAAAGAAGCUUGCCAAGCUUUCCACGGGUCUGAUGGACGACGAGCAGCUAGAACUCAUGCAGAUGGGCGCGUUUGUUCAAGGACUCGUCUCCGGCGAUAUGGAGGGUGGCUCGGCUUUCGACCCAAGCAAAGUGGAGCUUAAGAAGUACCCGCCAGCUUCAGUGCGGAUGAAGAAGGUUCUUGGAGUCUCGCCUUGGGAUUCUGUGCAGAACGUUUCCAAUCUUCUUAUGGUCUGGGGAUUCUUGACCACAUUCUCGGACGCCAUUGGGCUGUGGCCAUUUACAGUCGACGAACUCGUCCAGGGGCUUCAUGACUUUGAUUCCAGGCUCCUCAACGAAACUUACAUUGCGCUGUUGAGGACUUUGAUCAGAGAUGUGGAAGAUGCCGCGCAAGCAGCGGCGAGUGGAACCGCUGGAAGUCAGCACGCGAUUGCUGUUGCGGCUGGUGGUCACCCGCAGAUUGUUGAAGCCGCUUAUACGUGGGGUUUUGACAUUCAGGAAUGGGGCCAGCAUAUGAGCCCUCUAACGUGGCCAGAGAUCCUUAGACAGUUCGCACUGGCAGCCGGUUAUGGACCGAGGUGGAAGAAAAAAACGCAGUCACCCGAUGCAAAGCCGGAUUGUAUCGAGAUACACGAUGGCCACAACGCGAAUGCGAUCGCGACGCUGCGCUCCGGGGCUGCUGCAGUGAAUGCUGUAGCUCUCAUGCGUGGCAAGCAUGGCACUCGACUAAAGGUGCGCAAGGGCCAGACUCCCAAGCUUACUCCGGGAACUGUCAAGUACGCUGCGUUCCACGUCCUGUCCAUUCAAGGCAGCAAGGGCCUUACCAUUCUGGAGCUAACAGACAGGAUACAGAAAUCAGGCCUGCGGGACUUGUCAUCGAGCAAGACACCGGAGGCGUCGAUCUCAGCUGCCUUGUCCAGAGACACGUAUCUGUUUGAGCGUGUUGCGCCGUCAACUUACUGCGUCCGUUCGCCGUUUCGAAGGGACCCGGACGAUGCGGAAGAUGUGCUGCAAGCUGCACUGGAGAGGACGUAUUUGUAUCAGACUCGGCAGCUGGACCCGGAGAAGGCAGACGAGGACGUGGAGGAUGCCGAGGAAGAGUCCGAAGGCGAAGAGCACGAGGUUGAAGAAGCGGAGCAUGAAAGCGAGCAUAUGGACCCGGAAGUGGAGCGGGCCGAGCAGCAUCAACAGCACGAGGAUGCUCGCGAGCACGACGAGAGCGGGCAUGCCUCCGAGAGCUACGAGACUCCACGGAGGGGUAAAGUUAUUCUGCGGUUAAAAACGGGGAAGCCUCAAGAUAGUGCGGGUGAGGCAACAGCAACAGCAGCAGCUGGAACAGCGGAGAGCUUUGAGACGGAAACACCAGCAGCAGUAGCAGCACUAGCAGAUUCUAAGGACGAUGCGGUGAGGCACUUGCGGCCCCCGCCUGAUGCUCUCAGGAAAGUUGACAAUGACGACGAGAUGGAAAUUGACGAGAGCCAAGUGGGAGAGCCGUGGGUGCAGGGGCUCAUGGAAGGAGAGUUUGCGGACUUGAGCAUUGAGGAGCGGCUGAAUGCUUUGGUGGCUCUCGUGGAUGUGUUGAACGAAGGCAACACCAUCAGAUCAGUGCUUGAGGAACGAUAUGAAUCGGCCUCGGCUCUUAAGAGACAACUGUGGGAGGAAGUUCAGGUGGACAAGCGUCGUAUCAAGGAGGAGGCAAGCAAGUCGGCUGCCAAGUCCGAAGUGCCGGACGAUGAGAGGCCCGCUGGUUCCGCUGCGGAGUGCGACAACGGGGCCUCGACCUCGGCAGCAGCGCAUGCGGACAAGUCACGGGUUCAGAUAAAAGCCGAGAUCAGGUUGAGAGCCGAGAAGCUCUACGUGAUCAGGUCCAUGCCUCUUGGUUUAGAUCGGAGACACAACAGGUACUGGCAGUUUGCAGCGUCAAACGGUGGUGAGGAUCCUGGUCGUGCGAGAAUCUAUUUCGAGUGUAACGAAGAUGGACACUGGGAAGUUAUAGACACGGAAGAGGCUUUAGAUGCGCUCAUGGCAUGCCUAGACACACGCGGAGCAAGAGAGGCGAGCCUCUAUAACAUCUUAACUCACAUAGGGGGCCCCGUCAGGAAAGCUAUGAAGAGUCUUGCUCAGUCGAGAGCGUACGUGGAGUCAUCCAAAGGCAAGGCGGAGGGAAGUCCGUCUAGUGGAGUUUUCGGACCGUCGGACGCCUCUCCAGAGGUGCCAAGCGCCAUUCCAGUUGAACUUGGAAGGUCCACACUUGAGAUCCAGCACGCCAUGGAUCGCUUCAAGGACCUGGACAGAUGGCUCUGGAACCGGUGCUUGGCGAGAGGAGGGAAGAACCUCAAGGCGCUCAGCCUGGGAAACAAACGAGACGUGGAGAUGUUGGCCACCUGCGAGCUGUGCCAUGGCUUGUACUGGCCGGAUGAAAACCACUGCCCGUAUUGUCACGCCAUGGUUGACAGCUCCAAGUUCUCUAGUCACGUUCGCGAGUGCGAAAGCAAGCUCGAGGCAAAGCAGGGAAUUGGAUAUCAACUUCUUCCAUCGCGGCUACAGCUGCUCAAACAACUAUUGUUGUCUGUGGAGGUGGCUGUUCCAGCGGAAGCGUUCAAGGAUUCAUGGACGAGUGACUCCCGGAGGAUCUGGUGUAGUAAUGUCAAGGCUGCAUCGUCGUCGAGCGAGCUUCUUGAGGCCCUCACCGAGCUGGAGAGCUGUGUGGACGAGAACUGGAUCUCUUCGUCUUUUGAGACUGCAGAAAAGGCCUUGAGCACAACAGCACUGGGGAGCAACUCAAGGAGGAAAAACUUGCCCUGGAUCCCGCAGACAACAGCGGCAGUGGCGUUGCGGCUAAGUGCGUUUGAUGCAGCCAUAGCUUUCAGCACGGAGCAAAGACAGCAGCUGGAGGAGACUUACCAGAACAACGACCAUGGCUUCCACCGCGGGACUGCGGACGAGGCGGCUCCCAACGCAAAUGAGUUUGCGGCAAGUCCCCAAGGGACAAGCUCCCCGGACAGCGGCUCACCGCUGGAGGUACAAAACGGGCAUGUCCGAAUGCGUUCUCCGCAGCACCACCGUUCGAGCUACCUGGAAGAACAGCACGAGGAAGAAGACAAUCAACAGCAGGAAGUGGAGAAGCAGCAACAGAUGGAGCAGCAGCAGCCGGGAAGAGGCCGUCUGCUGUUCCGUUUUCCUGGACGAAACGUCGAGCACCGUCAACAGGCGCAAGCGGGAGCAUCGGGUGGGGGUGGUGAGAUGGAUGAGAGCUCGGACGAGGACGACGAGGAAGGUCAGGGUUGGGAGAGGCAAGGAUCGGACGAGCACUCUUAUGAAGAUGAUCAGCAACACCAUCACCAGCAGCACCACCACCACCAGCAACAGGAGGAGGAGGAGGAGGAUGAAGAGGAGGGGCAGCAAGCACCCCAACACUUCUACGAUCGUCAAGAACAGGAGGAAAUCAACAGCAUGAUAAUGGGCGAAGAGGAGAGCUAUGAUGAGGAGGAAGAGGAGGAAGGCGAGGAGCUCCACCGCCAAGAACAGCAGCAGCGGCAACAGCACCAUGGACAGCACCAUGGAGAUUACGAAGAAGAGGAGGAAGUGGAGGAAGAGGAAGUGGAGUUAGAGGAGGAGCUGUCCGAGGAAUCGAGCUAAGAGAGAGAGAGAGAGAGAGUACGGUGUAGUCAAAUGCCACACAGUGGCAGCGGAGAAGAUAUGAAUUAUUCGAGAUAAACUCAAUAGCUCUGAAAACAUCACGCUCCCACGCUUGUGAGAGAGUUUCAGCGA